GUUUGGGCAGGGCUGCAGUGAAGCGCAGCUGAUGUGUGUGAUUCUCUGUCAGACGGAUCUUCUUGUGUUUCGGUGGAAAUCGGUGAGAUAUUCUGAGCUUAUGAUUUCAGCCAUAUGUGUUCAUGACGGAGCCGCCUUUAUCUUUUAUUCAUUUGUGGAGACCGCAGAGAUUUGCACCGGGACUGACAUUAUGCGCUCGGUAACCGGGUGAUGCUGAUGCUGACAUCUUCCAUCAUCCAUCUGCUUUAACGGGAAUACUGCCCUCGUUCAUUAUCCAUUCAUCUCGCAGACGGGUUCAACAUGUCCAUGAAAGCCAAAAACGGCGAGGCGGUGAAGGUGGUGGUUCGGUGUCGCCCGCUCAACCGUAAAGAGGAAUCGAUGGGGUAUGAGCAUAUCGUGCAGAUGGAUGUGAAACUGGGCCAGGUGGCCCUGCGGAACCCCAAGGCGGGUCCGGGAGAGCUGCUCAAGACCUUCACGUUCGAUGCGGUUUACGACGCUUGUUCCAAACAGAGCGACCUGUACGACGAGACGGUCCGGCCGCUCAUCGACUCGGUUCUGCGCGGCUUCAACGGCACCAUCUUCGCGUACGGACAGACGGGAACCGGGAAGACGUACACCAUGCAAGGCCAGUGGCUGGACGCCGAGCGCCGCGGCAUCAUCCCGAACUCGUUCGAGCACAUCUUCACGCACAUCUCGCGCUCUCAGAACCAGCAGUACCUGGUCCGGGCCUCUUAUUUGGAGAUCUACCAGGAGGAGGUCCGCGACCUGCUCACCAAAGACCACAGCAAGAAGCUGGAGCUGAAGGAGAGCGCCGACUCAGGGGUCUACAUCAAAGAUCUGUCCUCCUUCGUCACCAAGAACGUGAAGGAGAUCGAGCACGUGAUGAAUGUGGGGAACCAGACCAGAUCGGUGGGCUUCACCAACAUGAACGAGCACAGCUCAAGGUCGCACGCCAUCUUCAUCAUCACGGUAGAGUGCAGCCAGCUUGGGCCAGACGGACAGAACCACAUCCGCGUCGGCAAACUCAACCUGGUUGACCUGGCGGGCAGCGAGCGACAGACUAAGACUGGCGUCCAAGGAGAACGUCUAAAGGAGGCCACCAAGAUCAACCUGUCCCUCUCCGCUCUGGGAAAUGUAAUCUCUGCCUUGGUGGACGGGCGAAGUUCUCACGUCCCCUACCGUGACUCUAAACUCACACGAUUGCUGCAGGACUCAUUGGGUGGGAACGCCAAGACCAUCAUGGUGGCCACUUUGGGACCGGCCUCCUACAAUUACGAGGAGACCCUGACCACCCUGCGUUACGCCAACCGCGCCAAGAACAUCAAGAACAAGCCUCGUGUCAACGAAGACCCCAAAGACGCCCUCCUGAGGGAGUUCCAGGAGGAGAUCGCCCGGCUGAAAGCGCAGCUGGAUAAACGCGGCAUGCUCACCAAGAGGAAGAGGAGGAGCAGGAGCCUGAGGAAGACCGGAGAAGGAGAAGAGGAAGAGGUAGAGGAGGAGGAUGUUGAAGAUGAUGAUGAAGAAAGCGUGGAGAAGGAGGCGCAGGAGUACAUGAAGGAACAGCAGGAGAAGCUGGAGAGAGAGAAGGAGGCCAUCAGAGAUGAUCAUUCUCUGGUGGCGGAGGAGAAACAGAGACUCCUGGAAGAGAAAGAGAGGAUGAUGAGACAUCUGACGAAGGAGCAGGAGGCCACAGAACUCCUCACAGCCAAGUUUAAGGUGAGCAUGCUUGAAGAUUGUCUGUAUGCGAAGCUUCAGUCUCUGAAGGCUGACAUUCAGGAUGUGAAUGAUGAGCAUGUGAGGAGCCGACAGGAGCUGGAGCAAACACAGAAUGAACUGACCAGAGAACUCAAAUUCAAAUAUCUGAUUAUAGAGAACUUUAUACCUCCUGAAGAGAAGAAUAAAAUCAUGAACAGACUUCAGUUUGACGCUGAGGAAGACCAGUGGAAGUUUCAGCCUCUCGUUCCUGCAGAGAAUAAAUUCACACAAAUGAAGAGAAGACCCGCCUCCGCUGUGGGAUACAAGCGACCAAUCAGCCAGUACGCCAGGGUUGCCAUAGCGAUGGGAGCUCAUUCCAGAUACAGGGCGGAGAAUAUAAUGGUUCUGGAACUGGACAUGACUCCUCCUGUCGUGUUUCAACUGGACCUCCCAAAGUUUGGAUCAGAGGUGGAAUCGUCCCGAGAUAUUCUGUUGGACAACACCAGUUACAGAGAGAAAUUAGCGGCUGGACGGGUCAGAAAAUCUCAGUCAUGGUGUCACUCUCAGCAAGUCAUUUCCUCCUCAAGCUCCACCCUCUCUCUGGCAUCCUCAGGGUCCCACAGCUUGCCACACCCACAGAACAUCACCAUGGCAACAGCCCAGGAAUGAGAUUUGGAACUACCAUGAUCCCACCCCCGUAAUGGAUAAACAAUAGUCAAUCUUUCCUAAAUAGACCAAGGAAGACGGGGAGAGAUGAACCAUCCGUCAUUAUUAACCAAGACUGGAGCGAAGAUGAAAACCUGUCCGCGAUCUGAUGAAGCAGGACAAACAUUGAACGCAGGACUAGACCCACCAACUCAUCAGGACCAAUUAAACAAUCAAUACUAUAAAAAUGAUUCGCCCUUUCUCUCUCUCUUGCUCUCUGCUCCUCAGGACAGUGAAGACACUUUGCUAACUGCCAUCAACAGCACUGAAUAGCUUUGCCUCACCUGACACCUGAGGCUAGGUUAAACUAGUUAUUUUCAUUCAUUUUGCUGCUUCCAAAAACCGUCGGUCAACCUCAGUGUUUACGUACUGAACUGCACGGGUCCGAUCCAGGAGUAGAGCCACACACACCUCGAAUGAUGGAAGCCAAAAGGACAGGGCUUUGUGAUCGCUCACCCUGAGCUUUCAAGACGAGAGCUGAGAGGGACGUCUCUCUUUCUAUCUGCAUGUCUUAUUUUACGUGUGUGUCUUUGUGAUUCUGAUCAGGGCUCUGGACGGGAGGCGGCUGAUUGGCUGGAGGAAGGAUCUACAGGGUUCCCACAGGCUCAUGGAAAACCUGGAAAUGUCAGGGAAUUUGAAAAUAUAAAU